AUGAGCGGCACCUUCGUCCACAUCCUCAAGCAUGAUGGCGUCAUCGGCCUAUACUCUGGCAUCUCCGCCUCGCUUCUGCGCCAGCUGACGUACUCAACCGUGCGCUUCGGCGUCUACGAGGAGCUCAAGACGCGCUACACCCGCUCCGGCCACACGGCUGGCUUCCCCGAGCUGACCGCCAUGGCCGUCACCUCGGGCUUCCUCGGCGGCAUCGCCGGCAACUUUGCCGACGUCCUCAAUGUGCGCAUGCAGCACGACGCCGCCCUGCCCCCCGACAAGCGCCGCAACUACCGCCACGCCAUCGACGGCAUGGUGCGCAUGGCCCGCGAGGAGGGCCUCUCGAGCUACUUUCGUGGCUGGCUGCCUAACGCCAGCCGCGCCGCCGUCAUGACGGCCGGGCAGCUCUCCACGUACGACACCUUCAAGCGCAUGCUUCUCGAGUACACCCCCAUGGGCGACACCCUGACGACGCACUUCUCGGCGUCCUUCCUCGCCGGCCUCGCUGCCGCCACGGCCACGAGCCCCAUCGACGUCAUCAAGACCCGCGUCAUGUCCUCCGCGCACAAACAGGACGUCCUGCAAGUCAUCCGCGACGUCUCUCGCGCUGAGGGCAUGGGCUGGAUGUUCAAGGGCUGGGUCCCCAGCUUCCUGAGACUCGGACCGCAUACCAUCUGUACAUUCAUCUUCUUAGAGGCGCACCGCAAGCUGUAUAGAGCGGCCAAAGGAAUUGACGAUGACAAGGAGUAG